AUGCCGAAUUUCAUGAGGGUGGCGGAGGAUGAUUUGAUCGACGGCCACAUGUCCUUGGACCCUUUCCCUUUCAUCGACUUCAUGGGCAAUAAUAGCAUUGUCACGCACCCUCCGAACCAAUGGUCUGUUCAAGCCGACCAGCGACAAGGGCUCAUGAUCGAUCGGAGACCUGGCAGCCCGGCAAAUGAAGAAGUGAUCAGGGCCUACGAGAAGAUGGCCGACUUCUGUGACAAUUGGGAGCCGUGGCAUCUUUAUGAUCCAACCACACCGCUGUACUAUGUGGUGAACCGUGUGAAAGGCUUCAUCGCCGACGUUGCCACGCGAGGUGCCGCCCCUUUCCUCCACCGCCAUCUCUACAGAGACCUCACACCCCCUUGUAUUAUCUCCUGCUUCAGCGCCAAUGUGCUUUACGCCAACCGCACGCCAGCAAACACGGCCAUGGUAUUGCGAGCACUUCACCGAAGCGUGAGAGAGCUGGUCGACGGCGAGGCCGGUCGGGUCGGCGUGACAACUCCGCUGGAAAAGCUCGCACGUACCCAGUCGCUCUUUCUAUACCAGAUUAUCCGCCUCCUCGACGGGGAUGUCAUCUUACGCGCACAGGGUGAGCGGGACAUGCCGUUAUUACACACGUGGCUGGAUGAUCUCUGCCGUGUGCGCGAGAACCUGGGGAACUGCGCGAACCACGGGAGCCACUUGGCCCGGCAGGGAGAUGCUGUGGCGAGAACUCCGCAAGCCCCCGGAGACUGGGAGGGAUGGAUCUUUGCCGAGUCGGUGCGAAGAACCAUCAUAAUAGCGCACUCGUUCAUAACGCUCUACGAGAUGAUGAAGGAUCCGGAGCAAGAUGAUGACGACCAGAGUCCGUGGCCUUUUGUACAUCGCUGGACUCUGUCCCGGCACCUGUGGGAAGCCGAUUCGUCCUUCACAUUUGCCCGCAUGUGGAAGGAAAGACCCCAGUUCAUAAUCAUGAACUACUCUUUCGAUCACUUUCUCCAGUAUGGAAGAGGCGACGAUGUGGACGACUUUGCCGAGAUCCUGCUAAGCAUGUAA